AUGGGACCUGCGGUCCAGGGUGUCCAGACAGUCCCUGGCUACCGAAGCCAGGAGGCAAUUUUACAGGAAGAAUUGCAGGACAGCCGAGGCUUCAGAAACGUCCCACGGUCCGUGUCUGCAGGUAGCUGGUGGCACAGAGCUCAGGGGUCUCGGCACCGGGCGGGGGGCUGGAUCGAUCUGGCUCGGGGACUUUCUGGGGACAAAACCAUCCUGCGCAAGGGAGACAGGCCCCCGCCUGAACUGAGAUGGAUCCAGGCUGCUGCCCACAGCAGCACCUCAGGAGCAGAGCAGCCCUUCCCCAUCACCAGCAGGAAAGCCAAGAACGGGUGGCAGCAUCUGGUCUGGAAGGCGCAGAUGUUCUGCGAGGGCCAGCGUGGGAAACGGGGUCACGGAAGGGCGCAACAGGAGACACGCAAGGAAGAGAACGAAGAGCCUCGCAGCCGGAACGUUACGAAAAGGCGAGGCGUCCCGGGGCUCCUGUGCUGGUGCUCAGAGCUGAGCCCCGAGGCCCCUUCAAGGCACAAUAAGGUGGAAAAAAGAGGGACAUGCAGGGAAACCCUUGAGCAAUUGGGCACGUGUGGUGGUGUGGUUUUCGCAGCCAGCGAUAGCGGGGAGCAAGAGGAGGCCAAAGCGGGCGGUGCUGCCUGGGCCAGGCCAAACCUUGCCACCCCUGGGCUGCCGGUUCGCCAGGGCGGCUUGGCCGAGCUCCGGCUGUUCCGCCGAGAAAAACUGCGCUCAGGGCCAAGGGGGGGUGGGCCAAGCCCAGAGCGCCCCGCCCCUCCCCUCCCGACCGGCUCGCUCUUUGCAGGCUUCGUGGUGGGCCACGCCGGUUUCCUGCAGUCCCUCCUGAUGCUGGUGGUGGCCUAUCUGAUCAUCUCCCUGACGGUGCUCUCCGUCUGCGCCAUCUCCACCAACGGAGCUGUCCAGGCCGGCGGGGCAUACUUCAUGAUCAGCCGGACUCUGGGCCCCGAAUUUGGGGGAAGCAUUGGCCUCAUGUUCUACUUGGCCAACGUCUGCGCCUGCGGCGUCUACGUCCUUGGGCUGGUAGAAGCCAUCCUGGAUGUCUUUGGAGCAGAUGGAUCGGAGCCGCCUGGCGCCAAGACCCUCCCGCAGGGCUACCUGUACAGCUUCCUCUACAGCUCCCUGGUGCUGCUGCUCUGCCUCCUGGUGUGCCUGGUGGGAGCCCAGAUUUACUCCAGGGCUGCCUUCUUCAUCUUCCUCUUGGUCAACCUGGUCCUCGUCACCAUCUUCGUCAGCUUCUUCACCGUCUCCCCUCGGGAGAUCGUGAUCUCUCAUAACGGCAACCAGAGCCUCAAUGCCUCCUUCACCAGCUUCAACGUCUCCACCCUCAGGGACAACCUGUACGCCAUGUACUCGCGGGACUACACCACCAACAACAUGAUGUCUUUCGCCACCGUCUUUGCCGUCAUGUUUAAUGGCUGCACGGGCAUCAUGGCCGGCUCCAACAUGUCAGGGGAGCUGAAGAACGCCAGUGCCUCCAUCCCCAAGGGGACCAUUGUGGCCGUCCUGUACACGUUCGUCAUCUACUUCUUCCUGUUCUUCAUGACCAGCUUCACCUGCGAGAGAGCCCUGCUGAAAGGCGACUACGGCUUCUUCCGGGCCAUCAACGUCUGGCCGCCCUUCGUGCUGAUGGGCAUCUACUCCGCCUCCCUUUCGGCUUCCAUGAGCAACCUCAUUGGCGCUUCCCGCAUCCUUCACGCCCUGGCCAAGGAUGACCUGUUUGGGGCUGUCCUGGCUCCAGCCAAGAUUGUUUCCAAGGGAGGCAACCCCUGGGGGGCCGUCCUGUACACCUGGGGCCUCGCGCAGCUGGUGCUCCUGGUCGGGAAGCUGAACACCAUUGCUGGCAUCGUCACCGUCUUCUACCUGGUUGCCUACGCUGCCGUGGACCUGGCCUGCCUGGCACUCGAGUGGGCCUCCGCUCCCAACUUCCGCCCUACCUUCCAGCUCUUCUCCUGGCACACGUGUCUCCUUGGCAUCGUCUCCUGCUUGGUGAUGAUGUUCCUGAUCAGCCCGGCGGGCGCCUCUGGAAGCUUGGGGCUCAUGCUGCUUCUCCUGGGCUUCAUCCACCUGCGUUCAGCUGCUUCCUCCUGGGGCUACAUCAGCCAGGCACUCAUCUUCCACCAGGUCCGGAAGUACCUGUUGCUGCUCGACAUCCGGAAGGAUCACGUCAAGUUCUGGCGGCCGCAGAUCUUGCUCAUGGUGGCCAACCCGCGGGGUGGAUCCCAGCUGAUGAGGUUCAUCAACCAUUUGAAGAAAGGAGGCCUCUUUGUCCUGGGGCACGUGGAGAUCGGGGACUUGGACACGAUGCCCUCGGAUCCCAUCCAGGCUCACUACAACUUCUGGCUCAGUCUGGUGGAUAAGCUCAACAUCAAGGCUUUUGUGGAUCUGACGUUGUCUCCGUCGGUCCGGCAGGGAACCCAGCACCUGCUCCGGAUUACUGGCUUAGGGGGGAUGAAGCCCAAUACGCUCGUCCUGGGCUUCUACGAUGACUGCGUCCCUGAAGAUUACUUCCUGCAGGACCCAGCCUUCAGCCAAGCCCGGGAGAAUGACGAGUUUGGGGUGGACCUGGCAGCGCUCCAAGCCCACUUCCCAUCAGUGCGGGUCACAGCCAACCAGCGGGCUGUGAAACCAUCUGAGUACGUGGCCAUUAUCUCGGACGCGGUGAAGAUGCAUAAGAACGUGUGCCUGGCCCGCUACUUCCAUCUUCUGGAGAAGGACCUGCUAUCAUCCUCUGCUUCCAAGAAGCGUCUUGAAGGCCGCUACAUUGAUGUCUGGCCCCUCAACCUCUUGCGCCCGAACACACCAACCUAUGUGGACAUCUGCAGCCUCUUUCUCCUGCAGAUGGCCUGCAUCCUCACCAUGGUCAACUCCUGGAAAGGUGCCCGGCUGCGUAUCUUCCUCUGUGUGGAGUCGGGUGAUGUGGGCUGGGUCAGCAAGGAGGAGAAAUUGCGGGAGUUGCUGACCAAGUUGCGAAUUAAGGCCACCAUCAAGAUUGUGACCUGGGACCAAGUGGUCACCCUCCAUGGCCACCACCAGCACGUGGGGACUGGGAGGUCAACCACUUCUGAGGUUCAAGGCCCACCUUGUCCUCCCAAUACGGAGAAGCUCUUGGGGGAGACUUCCUUGAACGCAGCCACUUUCUGUGUAACAGAUGAGUAUUUGACUUCGGUCAAUGGUCUACUGCUGAAGCAAGGUGGCCAGACAGCUGUGCGGUUCCUCUAUCUGCCACGGCCUCCUGCGGACACCUCUCAAUACGAGCGCUACUUGGAACAGCUGGAGAUUCUAACCUCUGGCCUGGGGCCAACCUUGCUGAUCCAUGGGCUGACCCCUGUCACCUGUACCGAGCUGUAAGUGGCCAGCAGUGGGCCCUAAAGCCCAGGUCAUCAAAGAACAAAAACGUGCCUUGUCUCUGGAGUGGGGAAGAAAUAAGGAGGUCGUGCUGAGUGUGGCUUUGCUGAAGAGCCUUCAGAACAUGGGGGGAGAAGAAUAAAUUUGGGGCAGCUAAGAAGGGUUGCUGUAACUGGAGAGGAACAUCAGGGACUGCUUCUUCUUUGUACUUCAGGACACGAGUGUCUUCCAUUUGGGGACAACUUUCAUGGGAGUGUCUUGAUGGGACUGGAGAAAGCAAGGGUCUCUCAGCUGGCUUCUCUGGGACCUCUUCCUGUGCACUGGAGACACAGGGCCUUCUUCUGAGCUCUCCCCUGGGUUCCCGGAGCCAGAAAUAUUUUUGUGCGUUUCCUUGGGCAAAAGGCAGAGGAUGGGUUCCUUGCUGAAAGGAAACGGGCAUUGACUUUGGGCAAAAGAAACGUCUGGGACAGGCCCCUCUCUCUCUGCGCCUUUGGACUACAAGGCGAUCCUAACCUCAACCAAGACUCUGCGCUGGCGUUACCAAGCCUGGCACCCCCCAAGCCUCCAUCAUGGGCCAGUUUGGUGGUGGUUAACCGUGUGGGCAAGAGCGACAGGAUUUGCAGUCCAGCGUACCAAGAACUGGGGAGUGUAUUCAGUUUGUGAACCAUUUUGAUCGUGAACGUUUUGCGAAGCUCCCAAUUUGAGUUUGAAAUGGGUGGUUUGAGCAUUCUGGAGGCGUUUCAAGCCCAGGACAGCCUGCUCUCAAGCCCAGUUUUGUGCUCGAAAUGGUUGAAACAAGCCCUUUUAGAUGCCUUUAACAAAAAUGCUCAAAACGGAGUGGAAGCGUGACCCGCCGUGGUUCUUCGGGAGUAGGCCUCCUUCCAGGAUAAACUUCCUUUUCAACAGCGACUCCCUCCCCAGGACAGGCUGCUUGGGGGCCUUCUUUGCAGUCCAGUUCUCCCCUGCCCCACCGUGAAGUCAUUCCUUAGGAUUAUCUGUUGGGGGGAGAGAAGCUCCUUCACCCAUUUCCCAGCCCUUGGGAGGGUUUCUUCACCAGUGCCAUUAGCAUCGCUGAUUAUAAACGACAAGCAAUUGCAAAAAGAGGAAUUUUACUGCUCUCCUCCAAAAGAUGCUUCUACUAACCACUAACUGGCUUCCGAUUAAGUUGCCCUGAUUCUGCCUCUAAAGCCAUGGAGCCCCUGGGAAAACCGGGGGCAGGAUUCGAACGAGGAGAGGAGUGAGGGGUGGCCGGCGAGGGUGCCCCGUUGGGGAGCUCAUUCCCAGAGGACGCGGCAACCCUAAUGGGGGCGGGCGGGCAGGAGAGGAGAGGAGAGGAGGAGAGGGCGAGCAGCUUCUACUUUUGAAUAAACACGGGCAAUAAAAGUGAAACUCGCAGGAGCUGAGUGCCGCCUGCCUGCC